GAGCGUAUUCUUUUAAACCUGUUAUGAAAGGUUUAUAUUGGAUAUAAUGAGAAAGGAUCACUUGGGGGUGUUUACAGUAUGCAUAUUUAUACUUAUACCUAUCAGUAUCCCACAAAACGCCGGUCUAUUUAAGACAUUUCACGGACUUAGGAUACGAAAUCCCACCGUGAUUUUGUCCCAGGAUCAAAGCACUGAUAGUACUGAGUGUUGUAUCAGUUGUGUAGCGUAUGAGGAUUGUUACGGCGCGAAUUAUCACGAGAAUGACCGAGUUUGUGAGAUAAAUACCCCUGGACCACAAGGAAUCGGUCAGAUUAUAGAUCGGAACGAAACAUGGACACUUUACUUCAGACCAAAUGUCUUGGACAGAGAGUUAAUGCUUCGUGGUACAGCAGGGAACGGAGUGGGCGUCAAAGACACGUGGUUAGGAACAAACACCUCAACACCCUCCCAAGAUACCUGUAACUCCAUGACAUCUAGAGCAUGUGCAACACACUACCGGAACCCAAAGGUGGACUUCUGGGAGAGAUUGUCCAUUUUAGAAGUACAUUUAGAAUUGUACACUGGCGGAUCUAGAGUGGCCUUUGUAACAUUCAGUGGGAAAGGAUCAAACAUAAAAAGCUGGAUGUCACCCGAGCGUCUACUGUCCAGUUCCUGGACGACAUUGAACUCCUCUAUGACGUACUUCUACUUCUCAGUGGACGGGCAUGGCUCAUGCGCGCGGAAUUUUUUUAUUCAGAGGAAUUAUGGCGGAUGCGAAAAUGACGCCGGGUGGUUUGUGACCCUUGACCCACCUGGUGUCUGCUGUGCUGGAUCAUGGGAUGACCUCUCAAACAAACCUACUUUUAUGUACUCUACUGUAAAUGAUGCUGUUGUCUAUCAAAAUGGAUCAGGUGUUGGUAUUGCUGAUGUAAUGGCCAUAUUCGUGAAAUACAGUUAAAGGAUAUAUGGUUGCUACUAUUAAAAACAGAACACAAUGACUAGUUUUUCUUUUGUCAGAGGGCAUCUGAUUGGCUAUA